AUGGAUACAGCCACGCAUAGAAAACGCAUAGAUGAGUCCGCGGGCUCUCCAGCGUCCGCCGAGCUGGUAAAUCGGCUGAGCGAAAGUCGCUCUCCGUAUGUGCGUAGCCACAUGAACAACCCGGUUGCAUGGCAGCUCUGGGAUUCUACGGCUAUAAAUAAGGCAAAACAGCUUAACCGGCUAAUUUUCCUGAGCAUCGGCUAUUCAGCUUGUCACUGGUGCCAUGUUAUGGAAAAGGAAUCUUUCAUGUCUGCUGAGGUUGCUACUAUACUCAAUAAAUCCUUUAUUCCAAUCAAGCUGGACCGGGAAGAACGGCCGGACAUUGACGAUGUGUACAUGAACUACGUCCAAGCUACCACUGGGUCCGGAGGCUGGCCUCUGAACGUCUUCCUUACUCCUGAUCUUGAGCCUGUAUUCGGGGGUACAUACUGGCCGGGGCCAAAUGCAACUCCGCUGCCAAAGCUGGGUGGAGAAGAGCCAGUUGGCUUCGUUGAUGUUCUGGAGAAACUGAGAGAUGUCUGGAACACGCAGCAACUACGAUGCCGAGAGAGCGCAAAGGAGAUCACCCGGCAGCUCCGUGAAUUUGCAGAGGAAGGCAUUCAUCUGUCUCAGGCCAACAAGAGCGAGCAAGAGGAAGAUCUAGAGGUGGACCUGCUAGAGGAAGCUUACACGCAUUUUGCAGCUCGCUAUGAUGCCACAAAUGGUGGCUUUUCAGGAUCUCCCAAAUUCCCCACACCAGUCAAUCUAUCGUUUCUACUUCGCUUGUCAAGAUAUCCAGAAGAAAAGACGCAGACAGCAGCCCAGCCCGAAGAUACCGAAAAGCGAGAAGGAGCUUAUUAUAUAUUGGGCCACCGCGAUGCCGACGUCUGUGCACGGCAUUGGGGCGUUCUUCCAGACGGAAAUGUGGCGCGAGUGAAUGACCCCCACGAUGAAUUCAUGAACAGAAACGUCCUAAGGAUUGCGACAACCCCAGCUCAAGUUGCAAAGGAGUUUGGGCUGCAUGAGGAGGAGACGAUACGGAUACUAAAGUCCUCUAGGGUGAAACUCCGAGAGUAUAGGGAAACAAAGCGGGUACGGCCUGAACUAGACGACAAGGUCAUUGUUGCAUGGAAUGGACUCGUGAUCGGUGCGCUGGCGAAGUGUGCCAUAUUGCUGGAAGAUAUUGAUGAGGAAAAGUCAAAGCACUGCAAGCUUAUGGCCAGCAACGCAGUCAAGUUCAUCAAGGAAAACCUGUUUGAUGCCGAGUCUGGCCAACUCUGGCGAAUCUACCGUGCUGACUCCCGAGGGAACACGCCUGGGUUUGCCGACGACUAUGCCUACCUCAUAUCCGGCUUACUCCAGCUCUACGAAGCUACAUUUGAUGAUGCGCAUUUACAAUUUGCGGAUAAGUUGCAACAGUACCUGAACAAGUACUUCAUAUCCGUCUCGGCAAGUGAUAGCAGUAUCUGUACGGGCUUUUACAUGACCCCCUCUGAGGCGGUGACUGACACGCCCGGUGCCCUGUUCCGUCUCAAGACAGGAACCGACUCUGCGACCCCGUCCACCAACGGUGUGAUUGCGCAGAACCUGCUGCGGCUGUCCACGUUACUGGAGGACGAGUCCUACAAGCUCAAGGCCAGACAAACAUGCCACGCCUUCGCGGUAGAGAUCAUGCAGCAUCCCUUCCUGUUCGUUGGCAUGUUGGAUGUCAUCGUCGGCCUGGAGAUAGGCACAAAGAGCGUAACGGGUGUUCUGGGACGAGCAACAGCGACCGGAGAGGACAGGGUGAAGGCGGAGAGAGAUCUGAUACGCAGGAUACGUACUGAAGCAGGUCGUACCGCAUCGACUAGCGCCGCGGUUCUCUCCAUGGUCGAUGUUCGUGCUACCAAAUCUGAUCCUGAUCGUUCACGGACAGAUACAUCCAGUUGGCUCCGCGGGCGAAACUCGCUGUUCAAGGAGCUCUCGUCUGCGAAGGGCAAGGACUUUUUGCUCAUCUGCGAGGCAGGGUCAUGCCGAACGGUCGAUGUAGUCUAA